CACGCUAAAAAAAUUAAUCCUCUGAUUUUUAGGGAUUUUUAGGGAUUCCUCUUAUUUUUAUUGUCGUUGACAGUUGUGUUCCUUUUUUCGUGGAAUCACUUGUCUCGCCGGGCGCGAUCUGGUUCUGCGAUAAGCGAGCAGAGUGCGUCGGCGUGUCAAGUGUGCUUUGUAUCAAUCGAGCUGGCGAAGAUUAGGUUAUUUAAUCAAGACCGCGGGGCGAGAGCGCGGUGGGUCCUACGUGUCAUUAAACCGUUAUAUGUCGUUGCCCAACGACCUUUCCGACGACACUACGCUCUCCAACUAGGAAACGUAGAGUUGAACAACCGUUCAAUGACAGGCGAUUAUGGCAACGCCCACCUGUGAUAAGAAAGCGAGGGUGAUCGUUCUAGGAGGAUGCGGUUUCAUCGGACGUAAUCUUGUGGAAUAUCUGCUGGAUAACGAUCUGGUUUCGUACGUGCGAGUCGUGGACAAGGUACCACCGCAGACUGCAUGGCUCAACACAAAACAUCAGCGGUUGUUUGAAAAUCCCUUGCUCGAAUUUAAGAGCGCCAAUCUGAUUAACAUAGCAUCCUGUCAAAAUGCAUUUUCAUCCGACGAGCCUAUCGAUUAUGUGUUCAAUUGUGCUGGCGAGACAAAGAGCAGCCUCACAGAUCCGGUGUAUAAAGAGGGCAUUUACAAAUUGAGCGUAAACUGUGCCCAAUUAGCAGCCAAGAUUAAAGUCUUGCGUUAUGUGGAAAUAUCUUCUGGCCAUCUUAAUGUUUCUGAAAAGACACCUCAUAAAGAAGAAGAUGCUGGAGAACCAUGGACGUUUGUCGCGAAAUACAAGUUACAAGUGGAACAUGAAUUGAAAAAUAUACCAGAUUUGAAGUAUACUAUACUUAGACCAGCCAUUGUGUACGGUUGUGGUGACAAAACUGGCUUAGCACCGAGAUUAGUAGUAGGCGCAGUUUAUAAGCAUUUAGGAGAAAUGAUGAAAUUACUCUGGGGACCAGAUCUUCAUAUGAAUACGGUUCAUGUAAGAGAUGUCGCGAGAGCUAUCUGGCAUGUAGCCAAUAGACCAGAAACAAUAGGCCAAACAUAUAAUCUCGUCGAUGAGGGAGAUUCCACUCAAGGUUCUAUCAGUGCCAUAGUCUCAGAAUUGUUCAAUAUCAAUCACGAUUAUUGGGGCACAACGCUAUCUACAUUAGCCAAGACUGACAUGAAUUCUGUUGUUGAGGAAGUAAAUGACAAACACAUGGGCCCCUGGGCAGAAGCAUGUCGCAAGGAUGGAGUAGAAAAUAGCCCUCUGUCACCCUACAUAGAUCAAGAGCUUUUAUAUAAUAAACAUUUAUACUUACAAUCUGGAAAACUUUCAAAUACCACAGGAUUUACGUACCUGUAUCCUAAAUUAACAAAAGAUGCUCUUACAGAGGUACUCGAUGACUAUGUAAGCAUGAGGAUCUUUCCACAUUCUUUGGUCCUGUAAACUUUAGCAAUAUUGACUGCCGAAUUCAAAUAUAUUGACAAGCGUACGAUAAUUCUACAACUAUCAGAUCCAGACGGACGCCAAGCGCCGUUUCACCGUGUGCCUAGAAAAGGGUUCUAUACGUGUUAUUAUAUACAUUCUAUCCCAAGUUAUAUAUUUUUACUUGACGCUUGACGCGCGCCAACAGAUGAUACUAAAUGAGUUUAUAGAGAAGCGCAUAUAUCUGGAAUUCGAAGAUUUCGUAGAUGGGCCUAUCUCGCCAAUGUGAUAAAAUAGCAAUUAAUGUACUUAAUUUUACCAAUUUUCAAAGUACAGACAUUUUUUGCACCUUCGCUGAAAGGUUGCACUAGUCAAACUCUUAUGAAUGAUUCGGAACAAUGUUAAGAAGCUUGUGGUCGAAAAAAAAAAUAUAUAUAUAUAAAGAAGCUUAAACUUAAGACUAUAUUCAUAAUUCAUAAAUCAAUUUGGAUGGAUAUAUUUUAGAUCAAAAAAAGAAAACUAAAGAAAGACGCUUUUUAUAUGCCAUUUUUUCCAGACUGUGGAUUGUACUAAUAAAGUUGUCGGGAAUCCAUAUACUUUUUAUUGUUGGAUAUGGGAUAUAGAGGAGGAAUUUUCUCUUUUAUAUUCGCCACAUUCCAAGAUGCAUUUUUUAUAAGCUAUGAAUUAAGUUGAGAAAUCUUUCUAUUCCAGUCAAAUAUUACUAUCGCAUAGCUUUAUCGAUAACUCAAUUAUGUAUGUACGACCUAAAGGAUCGCACGAGUACAAACUUUGUGAGAAACGCGUUUCUAAAAAGUACAUACAAAAGAUAUUCCUUAUUCACGUAUGAAUGAUUGUUUAUAUUGAUAGAUUUAUAUAUGAGCGCUGCAUGUACUUGCAUACAUUUAAUAUAAAACAAAAAAAAAGUGACUAUUCCUUUAUUGGCAUUGAAUGCCUCGAUAAUAUUAAUAUUACAUUAUUUCGAUUCUAUUGUUACACGUCGUUGUAUAGAUUUUUGAUAAUAAAGUUGCUUCAUUUAUGAAACUGUA